AUCAUGUGACUGCGAGGAAAAAGCUCUUGCUUCCUGCCCUCCCGACUCUCUUCCUGUCUCGACACAGAAGGGGGGCGGGCCCUUCCUCUGCAGUGGGAGGAGGGAAGCUUAUGAAUGUGAGGAGCAGAGCGAGAGAGAGAGAGACGCUCAGGUUAGUGUUUGUCUGACCCACACAGGAACACACACACCACACACGCUCACCGGCACCUUGUCAGAGCUCCAAGCCCGCUUUCUGUCAGCGUCACCUCUUGAAGAGUCCGUUUUCUGGUCUUCGUGGUUUUAAGAUCUCCCUUUGUGACUCGUACACACCAUGACCGUGGAGCUCUCGUGCUGAGCUGCCGGACGGCUUAUUUUGUGUGUCGGCUCGCAGCUGGACGGGCGGACAGACGAGUCGGACGCAGAUCGUGAAGGGGACCUCAAAGGCUGCCGCGUCACCGAUCUACCGGAUACUGCCUUUCGGAUUAAAGAGCUCCCAAUCGGCUGCACUGUGGCUGACCGGUGACCCCGAUCUGCAGCCAAAACCUCCUUCUGAGUCACCGCCGAGCUUCAUAGAGGUGGUCUGGCUUGGCCCGAUGUGGAAUUUGACCCCGACUGACCCCGUCCCACAAGUAGCCUUUCGCUGAGCGUGGACUCCGUGGACAGGAGGGAUACAAGAGCAAAAGGAAGAAAAGGAGGACGAAACGGAGAGAAGUAAGAGCACCAGCACAGCGACCGCUCCUCCAGCAUGCCGGUGGAGACCCUGCGGCCGUCGGACGGCCGUCUGGCCGGGAUCCCCUUCACCUCCUCCAUGCCCUUCCGGAUACUCCACAAGGGCCCGGACUACUUCCGUCGCCAGGUCGAGCCCGGGGCCCGCAAGCUGAGCGCCGUGGAGCGCCUGGAGGCUGACAAGGCCAAGUACGUGAAAAGCCAGCAGGUGGCCCUCACCCGCCAGGCCCCCAUCAAAGCACCAAUCAUCCGCAAGCCCCUCGUUCCCCCGGGGAUGAUGCUCCAGUGCCAGAUAAGCACCCCGCCAGCCCGCAAAGUUCCCCGUUGCCCAGCUGAUGUGGAGAACGGAGGAGGGAGGGAUGCGCUGGGAUGGAGGCGAGGACCGGCUCUUAACUUGGAUAUUCUGAACAAUCUUAUCAAUGAUGUAUGCGAUGGACCAAUGCCUUGCUCCCAGUCCUCCUCCUCCACCUCCCCCUCCUCGUCAUCUCCCUCAUCGGGAGCUAAGAGCAUUGGCAGUAGCCUCUCAGCGGAACAAGAGAGGAGCAACCGGCUCCUCAACAACCUCAAACCGUUGAAUCACAGCACCAUCAACUCCUCAUCCACCUCCUCCUGCACCUCCUCUCCGCUCAACAACAACAACCUCCGGACCCCCGCGGCAGAACCCGCCCGCCGUCCGCCCCCUGUUCCAGCGCGAGUCCCCCGCAUUGGGGUUCCAGCGUCCUACAGCUCCCCGAACUCUGUGACAGUGCGCAGGGUGGACGUUCGGCCUCAGGCUGAGAUAAGGAAGCCUCAGAGGGCCAUGCUGCAGCCCCAACUUAGGCCCAGACAGACUGCCCAGGGCCAGGUCGCGCACCCCCAGGGCCCACCCCCUCCACCUCCCCCACCCUCUCAGAACCAGUCCCAGCUCAUCGUCCCUUCCCAAACCCUGCCCUCCCCUCCGGUCUAUCUGCCGCCUAGUCCCAUGCUGGUCCGGGCCUGCAUGAUCCCGCCAGCCUCCCCCGCCUUCACCCGCAUAUCGAACGCCAGCUCCAAGGGGUCGGCCCGCAAGCACCCGGCCUUGCACCGCUCCAAGUCGGACCUGAGCGACCGCUACUCCCGCGCCACCGCCGACCUGGAGCGCUUCUUCAACUACUGCGGGCUGGACCCCUGUGAGGUGGAGGGCAUGGGGGGCGUGGAGCGCUUCACGAGGGCCAACUCGGACAUCGUGUCCGUGUCCAAGCUCCGCAGCGUCAGCACGCCCAGCUCGGAGUGCGGGGAAGAGGCCGUCCGGGCAAGGGCGGACGAGGAUGACGACGACGGGGCCGCCCGGCCCAGCGAGCGGGUCCCGUACGGGAUCUCCGUCAUCGAGAGGAACGCUCGAGUCAUCAAGUGGCUGUACGGCAUCCGUCAGGCGCGAGACACCAACAGCGCUGUGUCCAACGUAUAGACUGGAGAGGACUUGAGAGGACUUUUUGUACGUAUACACACGUCUGAAGAAGGGAAAGCACAUCUUCUGCUGCCUUACGUCACAUUUAAGGAUAAUCCAGUAGUUGUUCCUUUUCAUUUUCCUGCGAAGACACUUGGAAAUGACACAUCAGUGAUUGUUUUCCGGGCUGCAAGUCAGGACUGCUUCCCUGCAGGACUAAAUGGACGAUACAUUUCCCCCUUCACUUGAUCUUGUGUAACGACAUUGGUAUACGAAAGCAAUAAUAGACUGGUAUAAAUGAUGAUGGCAGAGGACAUUUGCGUUUGUGGUUCCUCAUGUUAAGGUACUUUAGUGUGUGUCUGUGUGUGUUUGUGCGUGCGAGUGUGUACCAGGGAGCUUCGCAGCACAAAGCCACUGGAAUGUGGUUGCAAACUGCUGGAGGAAGAGAACCACGUUGAUACUGUGAAACUUCACAUGACAAAAAAAAACCUUCUAUAAACACAUUUGUAUUUUUAAAAAAACAAACUUUGGGCUGUAAGACUGUUAUUAUACAAAUUUCUGUCAGCAUGCAAGUGAAAUGUUUUGUACACAUUAAUUUUUAAGAGUUUCCUUCACUUCACGGCACCGACGCACAUUGGGAUGGGAUCUCUGUGUUUUUUUACUGUGUGUGUGUGUGUGUGUGUGUGUCUGUGUGUCUGUGUGUCUGUGUGUCAGAGGUGGAUGGAGAGAAAAUCAAAGGACGGGUAAAAGACAGAAAAGAGUAUAGAAGAAAUAAAAAAAAAAAAUAUCUAUGGCGGUUCUGAAAGUGUCUCAAGAAGAUGCACUUGCCAUUCUGACGAAUAUAUGGACCAAUAUUUAUUUGGAAAAGUUUUUAACUUAAUGUAUUUUUUAAUGUUGUACAACUUUGUGUACAUAAUUCAAUCUCCGCUCUUAAGUGCAAUCUGCUCACAUCUACUACAGCACAUCUAAAUGCACACACAGAAUACAGGCGCCGGUCACGCGUGCCGAGUGGCAAUUGAAGAAAGUGAGAGGCCGCUGUGUAUUUACUCGACUUCCUGUUUGGAGGGAGGCCCGUCUCCCCCUUUGUGCCAGUUCGCCGCCCUUUCGCAACUACUUCCUGUUUUAACUUUUCAGCACAUUGGGUAUACGAGCGCCAGCCGGGGCUCCGCCUCCUCGCUACCUGUACCCGUCACGUGGUUGAUGGAAGAGCGGCGCACAGAGGGCCGGAGAACAAAGCGUGCACCGGACGCCCAAAGAGUCUUCAAGUGAGAGAUCCAAAAUGCUUUACAGUGGUGUAUUCUAAACAAUUAAUAAUAAAAAGGAAAACAUUUUAAAGUA